GUAUUCUUACCUCGCCAGCACACCAUCAUCAUCAACAUGGCAUCAAAGAAGGAUAUGCGCCGGGCGGAUCUCAUCGUGCCAUACACAGAGCCGAAAAAGGACAAGAAUGAGGGUGACAUGUCAAGCACUAUGGCCAGCACAUUGCCCAUGGCUGCGAUCUUUACCCGUAACAAGAUGAUCGGCUGGGUUGCCGUAGUAUUCGCCAUCCAAUCAUGGCUCGCUGAGUCGCCGGAGCAGGCCAAAACCUCGGGCACUCCUGCUUACUUUUCCGUCGGCAUGUCUUGUAAGUUUACACAACUCAAGAGCUAUUUGUGUUCAUGUCGAUUUGGGUCCACUCUAACUUAUGUUCCAGUCAUGUCGCUCCUAGUUGUAAGCGCUCAAUCAAUCCGCGUUCAGUAUCAACACCCUCUAACAAUCGGGGGAAAAGAGUUAUGUUCCUCUCUUCCUGCCCCCCGCGCCUGUCCGAGCAGGAUCCGGGUCUGGAACAGCAGAAGCGCCACCAGCGGCGCCGCCUUCUUAAUGACCUUGCAAUAUGGCCGCGAGACCCUCGAAAGAAAUUCAUGGCUGGUUGGGUAGC